GCGCUGAGUGAGCCCGGCCUCCCUGCUGGUCUAGCCCCUGGCUGCUCGGCCAUCUUCACCCCCUCUCGGGUCGGUUUUGUCUGUAAACGCAGCAGAGAUGCCGAUGGAAGGGGAGCCCAGCAGUCUGGCCAAAGUCGCUCAGCUCUUCAUCCUGUCUCUGGCCUGGGGGAUGCAGAUAUGGGUCACCUUCAUCUCAGGGUUUGUGCUGAUCCGGAGCGUGAGCCGACACACCUUCGGUCUGGUCCAGAGCAAGCUUUUCCCCUUCUACUUCUACACCCUGGUGGCCUGCGCCGUCCUCAACCUCUCCAUCUUCGCCUGCUACCACCCCCGAGAGCUGCUGAGCACUGGGGAGACCCUGCAGGGUGCUCUCUACUUCGUCUGCCUCCUCCUGGCCAGUGUUAAUGCCCUGGGCUUGUCCCCGGCCACUACGGCGGCCAUGUUCCGGUUGCAGGCCAUCGAGCGGGAGCACGGCCUGGGCGGGGAGGUGGGGCUGGCAGCCCGGCGUGAGACGUACCAGCAGCUGCGGGAGAGGGACCCCAAGUACCAGGCCGCGCGGCAGACGUUCUUCAGACGCCACGGGUUGUCGUCCCUCUGCAACCUCGUCUGCCUCGCCUGCAACGGAGUCAACCUGCUGUGCAUGGCGCUCCACCUCAGCAGCCUGUAG